AUGUAUAUCAUAGAUCCAGAAACGGUUGCACUACUGAACGCGACGCAAGCCUACGAUUGCUUAAGGAGCGUUCCCUUUAAUCCGGCCGUUGCGACCCAACUGCUCCAGUACGUGAACGACACAAUCCAAUUCCACAGCACCCUUGCCUACCUCGCAGAGCCUCCUCGCGGAUAUCAGCAGCCGGCUGUCGAUCUACUCGCUGGACUUGCUGAGAUACAGCGCCGUAUCAAUAAUGGCUUGUUCCUCAGCGAGCAUGACUUUGAGUCUGCCCUGUAUAGACUCCUCACUGCGGCCCACGAUGACCAUCUCACCGCCACCGGAGGUAUCCUCUCGACAUUUGUCUUCGGAGCCCCGUGGGAUAUCGUCUCCGUAUCCGUUGAUGGAACAGAGCCUCCAAAGGUCUAUGUCUCAGAUGACCUGCUGGCCAACGAGUCACACGCUCUAACCUGGCAACCUUCAGCGAUCUCCGCGAUCAACGGCCAAGACGUGGUCGAGUACCUGGCGGAAUUCGCAGCUGAAAAUUCCAUCGGCAAGCUCGAGCCGCACGCGGACUGGAACAUGUUGAUGAGAAGCGGGGCCUUGGACGCCCAGGGGUUCCUGGAAGUCUUCUUUGGAGGUGCUAGCUUUUAUCCUGGUGAUACGAUUGCCCUGACCUUCGAGAACGGCACGGUCAUAGGGCCGGAGCCAUGGCAGGCCAUCUAUUUGAGUCGCGGCGACACAGGACCGCUUCAAACAGGAGGAGACUUCUACAAUUUCUUUGUCCUGGGCCACUACCCUGCAUCCUACGUCCCUGAGGGAGACUCGGAGGGACGCCAUCUGGACAAAACUGCAUCGAGUACGCCCAUUAACACUCCUUCCCCUACGCCCUCCACAUUGGCCUCGACUACAGCCUCGUCAUGGCCCACAGCAUAUCCAACUCCUGAGCCUAUAUUACCAGGACGGAAGCCUGGCGACACGACGCUGCCACGAGUGUUCUUUUUGCACGACUCUUCCGUGGCUGUCCUGAGUAUCACGGACUUUGCGGCAUAUGAGGACACGGCCCAGGAGUUUCUGCGCACAGUCAGUAGUUUCCUUCGACGCAGUAAGGAGGCAGGUCUGAAGAAGGUCGUUAUCGACGUGCAGCAGAACCGCGGUGGACAGGUUUUUCUGGCAAUCGAAACAUUCAAGCUAUUCUUUCCCACUAUCACACCAUUUGCAGCAAGCCGCAGACGUGCCCAUACAGUGGCUGAUGUCCUCGGCAACUCUUUCACGUCCUACUGGGAAGAGCUCCCGAGUAACUGGACCGACGACCGUCGAUUUCUCUCUACAAAUGAAUGGCUGAUACAGAAUCGAUUAGACCCGGAUACAGGUGAUGAGUUCGCCUCAUGGGAGGACUAUUUUCGAUCAACAUCCGCUUAUAGGGUUGAUAACUUUACGAAGGUCGAACAAUACAAUCUAACAGACGGCGCCUUCAUUCGCGAAGCAAGUGGCAUCCACAUAGAAGAUCUGGAUGGCUCCGACAACCCACCAUAUGCGGCGGAAGAUAUUCUCAUUCUGAGCGACGGGCUAUGCUCGUCCUCGUGUGCCAUGUUCAUGGAGAUGAUGCACCACGAAGCCCAAGUCCGCACCGUCGCCGUGGGAGGCAGGCCGGACUACACUCCGAUGCAGGCCCCAGCAGGAACACGCGGAGCAGCAUCUUAUGACAUUGGACAGAUGGACCUUGAUGUCUACAAUGCGCUGCUUAUCAACAAUGCGACUCCGCCUUUCCUCCCGGACCGCAGACUCGACUUCCUUCUCUUUUCCGCCAGCGUCAACCUCCGAGACCAGAUCCGCCGCGACGAUCCGUCCAACACGCCGCUGCAGUUCAGAUACGAGGCUGCAGACUGCAGGAUCUUCUUCACCCCCAAGACGUGGUACAACUACACCGAACUUUGGAAUUAUGCAGCCGAGGCCGCUUGGCACAACCCCGCGCUUUGCAUUGCAAAGUCAACAACCAACUACACAAGCCCACGUCCAACACCUUACCAAGUGGACAUCACUCCUCCCAAUGACAGUAGCAGCAGCAGCACCCCUUCACGGCAGUCGACCUGGGAACAAGACUCCGAUCAGGACGACUACUACACCAACGACCCAGCCAACGACAUCCUGGCAGGUCAGCGGCGCAUCACCGCCAUCACAGGCCGUAAAUGCACAACAGACUUCGAAUGCGGAGGCAAUUUCCUGUGUAGAGAGGUGCCCGUGUGCGAUGAGCACGGCCAGGUGAAGAACCGCAGGCGAUGCGCUGCCGCAUGCUCCAAAUUCGGCGAGAGAAGGGGACAGUCCUGCUCCAAAGCCUCGUGUAAUGUCGAAAAAGAAAUUCUUCAGCAGGCACCCAGGGUCGGUCGCAAAUGGGGGCUCGGAACCGGUUACUGUGUCCCUCCCCGGCCUAUCUGCCGUCAAGCUGAGCCUGAUCACCAGGAUUUCGGUCCGCUUGUCACAGAGCUCCCGCCUGUCAUAGACGAUAUAUGCAAGGCCAACCUGCCGGAGGGCUACUCCCUUGACUGUUUUCUCUACGAUGGGGAGUUCCAGAAGUGCUAUUCAUGGCAUGACGGCCAAUAUAUUCGGUACUGUACCAAUGAACAGCUCGACGAGCUGGAGAGACAAUGGACCAAUUACGGUUGUUCCACUUCUGAAGACUAUGGUUCAGUGUGUUGGGAUUCAGACAAACCGUCUGUUACCAUCACUCGCCAUCAGGGUGACGAGUCUAAGUGGCUGGCAAAGCAUGGCUCUGCUUUCGAAUCCAGCUAUCCGUAUUGA